AUCACUUGAGGUAACAGCUCCCCGUGGUGUGGCAGUCCUCAGUUGCAGCAGUCGUUGAGCGCUCCAAGAAACAGAGCACCAUAAGCAUGUACAACAUGUUGUCUCUGAUGGUCUUGUGCCUGCUGGGAGCCACAUCCCUGAGUGACGCGGGCUACUCCUAUUCCCCAGCGGUGGGCAGGGGAGAGGGCACAGCGUACGCUACCGAGGGAGAAGGACGCAUCACUGCUGUACGAGUCUGGGAAACCUACAAUGGCUACAUAACUGGCUUCCAGCUAAGGUACAACUACGCCUGGACUCCUGUGUAUGGUCGUGAGUAUGGCACAGAGAAUGAGAUGGAGCUCUUCGAAGGGGAGACGAUUGUGCAGGUGUGGGGAAAGUACCACAGCGGCAACUACAUUUAUCAGAUCGGAUUUGGCACCAACAGGGGCCGUUCUCUGAUCGUUGGGCAGCCAACCGGCUACUCCUUCAACUUCUAUCCCGCCUACAGUCGCAGCGAGCUCCUGAAACUAAGUGGCCGGUACAACGGCAACGGCCUCACCUCCAUCGCUGCACUCUGGGGACAGGUCAACGUAACAGCAUCAUACAAGUGAAGCUAGAAAAUGAGCCUCCUCCUCCGUUGCGGUUUUAUGCACUCACCUCUGAUCAGAGGUGUCAAAAGUAAAAGUAAACAUAAAAAAAGGAAACCUGUGUUCUUGUCUUACAAUCUGCUGACUAUGCACUGGUUCGAUUAAGUUUUUAAUGGUUUAAGUGUUUAUCAGUAACAACACAGUCUACCGUAUCCAUCUAAUUAGGUACGGUGCAGUAAAUGGUUUAACAGCUAUGUAAUAUCAUGUGCUAGUGUUGUACUUAAACCAUGAAUUUACUUUUACUUUUCACACAUCUGCCUCUGAUGUUCUGUAUACUAAU